AGCUAAGCUUUGUCAUCACAUUUUUGCAGCUAGUGAUAAAGCUACAUCAAACUGGUUUGGAAUAAUAGGGAACUCAAAGAAAAAAGAAAGAGAAGAAAGAAAAUGCCUUCCCAAAAAAGGGUUAUGUGGAAAUCCUUCAUAGUUGGUUGCUUCAAAGACAAUCCCUUUUCCAAUUCCUCCUUGGACGAAACACACACAUCAUCAGUUUCAAAAAAGACACUUUCUAGGAGAAUCUCGCUCUCUGAUCUGAGCAAUUCUUCAUCACAGUCUAUAAUGAGUGAUUUGUCAAAUUCCCUCACAGGAAUUGGAUCAAACAUUCAUAUUUUCACUUACCAGGAGCUGAAAGAGAUCACACAUGGGUUCAGCAAGAACAAUUUCCUCGGCGAAGGUGGAUUCGGAAAGGUUUAUAAAGGCUUCAUUGAUGAGAAAUUUAAGCCCAGGCUUGUGCCUCAGGUUGUUGCUGUUAAGGCCCUCAAUUUGGAUGGCAAACAAGGACACAGAGAGUGGUUGGCUGAAGUAAUCUUCUUGGGGCAGUUGAAGCAUCGCAAUCUGGUGAACUUAAUUGGAUACUGCUGUGAAGAUGAACACAGGCUUCUUGUCUAUGAAUACAUGGAGAGGGGCAAUCUGGAAGAGAAGCUUUUCAAAGGUUAUUUAGCAACAUUACCUUGGCUAACAAGAAUCAAAAUAGCAAUUGGGGCUGCAAAGGGACUUUGUUUCCUUCAUGAAGAAGAAAAGCCAGUCAUAUACAGAGAUGUUAAAGCCUCAAACAUUCUGUUGGACGCUGACUAUAAUGCGAAGCUGUCGGAUUUCGGUUUAGCAAUAGAUGGACCAGGGGAAGAUCAAACACAUGUUACAACUCGUGUUAUGGGUACCCGCGGUUAUGCUGCUCCUGAGUAUAUCAUGACAGGUAUUUAUGUGUCAUAU